AUGUGCUAUUCUACAAUGUCAGUGUCUGCAGGUAUCAUGUCAGCAAUGGUGGAACUAGCGCCCGCUGCGGAAUGGGUGCGUUUCGGCGACGUGGUUCAGUUGCUGGCCACCGAUUUCCCAGUGGCGCUGUCGACGCUGAUCACUGAAAGGCAGGUGGACCGCGCGCAACAGUUGGUCACAGGAAGCCCGCUCGUCUGUUCGAAGCUGACGACUCCACCAUGCUUUCGAAAUACCUUCCGCAUUCGCAGUGAACAUGGAGAUGACUCCAGAAAUGGUGAACCUGUCAAAUUCAACCAAGACUUUGUUUUGUGUCCAGUUGAGAGCUACGGAAAUCUGCCUCUUUUUGUGGAGUCACGUAUCCCCCAGAUAAAUAUCGGAGUUGGGGCAUCUGGCUUUGCUGCUAUCAUGCUGUCCUGUUACAACAACACUUGUUGUCGAUGGCGAGCCCUGUAUUGGGAUUCCAGUAAACGCCCAGAGAGUGAAGGAUCACCAGUUCCACCUCACAGUAAAAUACUCAUCAAUCACUCAGCAUCCAAUAGAAAUCUGGCAGUUGAACCCGGUAUCUGGUUUCCAACAUUUUUUGGAAUGGAGUGUGAAGUAUCAGUUCAUACAUGCAAAGAUGCUCAAAGAAGAGAGACUGCAGAAAAUCAUUGGAUGUUUGGAAUUCAGAAGCCAGAUGACAUGAAAGUGGCAUGUUCAGAAGCUCCAUCAACAACUGUUGAUCAGCCAAAGGGUUGCAAACAUUGCUGAAUGUGACAAUCAUCUGCAUCCACAACAGCCUGGAACUGCACUAGAGACUGCUCUACUGCUGCUGAAACAUCUCAGAUGGGAUGUUGGCUACCUCUCUUGCUAUGCUCAUCUUCAACCUCUUGUCUUCAAUCUCGAACACGUGUUAGUGUCCUGUUGAUGAACCUUGUCCUUCUGGUAACCCUACAGUCAGAAAUCAUACAGGUUCAAAUCUGGUGAUAUCGGUGGCCAUGCAGUUUGGAAUGGUCAGCCAAUGAUUGGUCUUCUCCAAACUUGUUAUUUAGUAAGUGGGUGACCUCAUGAGCACUGUGAGUUGGAGCUCCAUUGUGCAUCAGAAAAACUGGAGUCCAUAUUACAGUGGGAAGAUAUUCAACAAGCUCCUGUCUAACAUGAAGCAAGAAAUGGGGGCUCCCUGCUGUUUCAAAAGGAAGUUAAAAAUGUGUCUGAUUAGCCACUCUUUCCACUAAUUAUCGGAACAUCUAGAUUCAACAAUAGAGAAUUUCUGUUAGUUACAUGCCAAAUAGAGUAUCCAUUGUAGAGUUGCAUGAAAAUUAGUGGUGUACUGCAAAUAGGAGUAAUUUUCUCUGAAAAAUACCACUUUAAUCAAGUAAUGUUAAGCUGCCAACAGCAGGUUAAACAGCAGUUGUAUAAUAUAGCUGAAGAGGUAGGAUUUACAAUGUAGCAGCUUUCUUUUUAAUUUAGUCAGUUACAUUUAGCUGUAAAUAGCAUGAAUAGCACUAAGCAAAGCAAUAAUUUGUUGUCAGUACAGAAUACAGAUUUUCUUGUCGCUUGUUAAUGUAUUGAUGGGAUCUACAGAACACAAUGAAUGAAUGAAUUAAUGGGCAGAAGGAACCACAAUAUGAAAAUGAUAGUGAAGAAAGACAGCAGUUAUCAUUUCUUCAGUGUAACGAUAUAUUUUUUGUAAUUGGGUCAGGGUUUAAGCCAAUCUUCUUGCAACUGGCAUUUAUCAUUAGUAAAUAAUACUAAUCUAAAGAUAUAUGGAAUGUUUAUUGCAGAGAGACCUUAUGUUUUAGAAAUUGUACUAAAAUAACUAUGGACAGUGAAUUAAUGUAUGAGGAAACAGACCCUCAAACAAUUUUGUCCAUUCAUAAUAAAUAAGCAUUAGUGACCAUCAGAGACAACUGCAAUCAUAUAAAGGAAAGUAACUACUCAGCAGCAUUGAGCACCACUUGGUUUCUUAUAUGCAGAAAUAAAACUCAAUAUUUCAGUGCAAAGAAAGUAUGCACAUACAUUGGACUCAUCAGAUAUGAAAACAGUUCAGUGGUAUGUGUUAUAUUAUUUCCAGAGAAAAGGUGAAUAAAAUUCCAUAUAUUAAGUGUCAAGAAAACUUUGUAUUGGAAACUUCAUUACAUGGUGCAGCAUGAAAAAAGGCUCAGUUUAUAUGCUGAUAAACUUCACAUUCAUUAAGACUAUAGCAUUAUGAUAAGCUGCAGUCAUGGGCGUUUGUAAUGAAUAAGAAGUUUUAUAUGGAUGGCAAUAUUGACUUUUUUGGAAACACAUUGUUUUCAAAUGAAGCGACUUUUUAUUUCUCUGUGGCACUGAUUUAAUUUUUGAAUUUAGGCUUCCAUGUAUUGUCACUGAAUUUGUUCAGUGUACAUUGAAAAGUAGGUUGAUCUGUCCAUUUUUUGUUGUUGUCAUGUAUUUUGACACAUAGGAGUACUCUGAAUGUUAUAACCAUAGAGAAUUGCCAACCCUAUAUUCUGUUUUUUGGGGGAUGCUGCUGUGCCCCCUCCCUCCCCCCUCUCUCCUCACCAUACCUAUUGGACUAUAGCUGUCCGCAAGUUUCUGUAUGAUAAAUAUCCCAACUGCAGGACUGCGGGUAGUGGACCUAUUCUCUGACUGUCAUCAUCUUUUGGUUUUUUCCUCUAAAACAGACAUACAUAAAAGAAUGUAUUGUUUAAGAGUUGGCAUUACAUAAAGGACUUCAUAUAUUUGCCUAAACUGGAUGACAUCUCCAUACUGAGAACUUGUAUUAGACAUUCAGUUUCUACAGUCACAGUGAACAUAUCGAAGAUGCAUGUGUGGCGAGGAUAAACUUGACUGUGUUAUGCUUUGUUCACAUGUGACACUUUACUAAAGAACUCAGAGUAAAUUGAAUUGUUUAAGUA